AAAUGGCAGCAUUAUAGUUAUAUUUGACCUUUUCUUUGCCCGGUGGGUGUCAGAUGAAAAUGUAAAAGAAGAACUGAUUCAAGGCAUCGAAGCAAAUAAAUCCAGCCAACUGGUCACUUUCCAUAUUGAUUUGAACAGCAUUGAUAUCACAGCAUCUUUGGAGAAUUUCUCUACAGUUAGUCCUGCAACGACUUCAGAAAAGCUAACAACCAGCACUCCUCUGACAACUCCAGGAAAUGUCUCUAUAGAAUGUCCGCCUGAUUCAAGUCCUUGUGCUGAUGCUCUAACGUGUAUAGCAAUUGAUUUAUUUUGUGAUGGAGAAUUAAACUGUCCAGAUGGUUCAGAUGAAGACAACAACACUUGUGCCACAGCUUGUGAUGGAAAAUUUUUGUUAACUGGAUCUUCUGGGUCCUUCCAGGCUGCUCAUUACCCAAAGCCUUCUAAAUCAAGUGUUGUUUGCCAGUGGAUUAUACGUGUAAAUCCAGGACUCUCCAUUAAACUGAGCUUCGAUUAUUUUAAUACAUUUUAUACAGAUGUAUUAAAUAUUUAUGAAGGUGUGGGUGCAAGCAAGAUUUUAAGAGCGUCUCUCUGGGAAACCAAUCCUGACACAAUUAGGAUCUUUUCCAACCAAGUCACUGCCACCUUUCUUAUAGAAUCUGAUGAAAAUGACUAUAUUGGAUUUAAUGCAACAUACACUGCAUUUAACAGCACAGAGCUUAACAAUUAUGAGAAAAUUAACUGUAGUUUUGAAGACGGCUUUUGUUUCUGGGUCCAGGAUCUAAAUGAUGAUAAUGAAUGGGAAAGGAUUCAUGGAAGCACCUUUCCUCCUUUCACUGGACCAAAUUUUGACCAUACUUUUCACAAUGAUUCAGGAUUUUACAUUUCCACCCCAACUGGACCAGGAGGAAGACAAGAAAGAGUAGGACUCUUAAGUCUCCCUUUAGACCCCACUUUAGAACCAGUCUGCCUCAGUUUCUGGUAUUAUAUGUAUGGUGAAAAUGUCUAUAAAUUAAGCAUUAAUAUCAGCAGUGACCAACACAUGGAGAAGACAGUUUUCCAAAAGGAAGGAAAUUAUGGAGAAAGUUGGAAUUAUGGACAAGUAACAUUAAAUGAAACAGUGGAAUUUAAGGUUGCUUUUAAUGCUUUUAAAAACCAGAUCCUGAGUGAUAUAGCAUUGGAUGACAUUAGCCUAACAUAUGGAAUUUGCAAUGUGAGCCUUUAUCCAGAACCAACUUUGGUCCCAACUCCUCCACCAGAACUUCCUACUGACUGUGGAGGACCUUUUGAACUGUGGGAGCCAAAUACAACGUUCACUUCCAUGAAUUUUCCAAACAGCUACCCUAAUCAGGCUUUCUGUGUUUGGAAUUUAAAUGCACAAAAGGGAAAGAAUAUACAACUUCAUUUUCAAGAAUUUGACUUAGAAAAUAUUGAGGAUGUAGUGGAAGUCAGAGAUGGUGGAGAAGAUGAUUCUUUGCUCUUAGCUGUCUACACAGGGCCUGGGCCAGUAAAGGACGUGUUCUCAACCACCAAUAGAAUGACUGUGCUUUUCAUCACUGACAGACAAUUGGCAAAAGGGGGAUUUAAAGCAAACUUCACUACUGGCUACUACUUGGGGAUUCCAGAGCCCUGCAAGGAAGACGAUUUCCAGUGUAAGAAUGGAGAGUGUGUUCCAUUGGUGAAUCUCUGCGAUGGCCUUCCGCACUGUAAGGAUGGCUCAGAUGAAGCACAUUGUGUACGUCUUUUCAACGGCACAAGGAACAACAAUGGUUUGGUGCAGUUCAGAAUCCUGAGCAGAUGGCAUGUAGCUUGUGCUGACAACUGGACGGCCCAGAUUUCAAAUGAUGUCUGUCAGCUGCUGGGACUAGGGAGUGGAAACUCAUCAAUGCCAAUCUUCUCUACUGGGAGUGGACCAUUUGUGAAAUUAAACACAGCACCUAAUGGCAGCUUAAUACUAACACCAAGUGAACAAUGUUUCCAAGAUUCAUUGAUUCUGUUACAAUGUAACCAUAAGUGGUGUGGAAACAAACUGGUGGCUCGAGAAGUCAGCCCAAAGAUCGUUGGAGGAAAUGAUGCCAAAGAAGGAGCCUGGCCCUGGGUUGUUUCUCUUUAUUAUAAUGGCCAUCUGCUCUGUGGUGCUUCUCUCAUCAGCAACGACUGGUUGGUGUCUGCUGCCCACUGUGUGUAUGGGAGAAAUUUAGAGCCAUCUAAGUGGAAAGCAAUCCUAGGCCUGCAUAUGAGAUCGAAUAUGACUUCUCCUCAAGUAGUAACUCGGUUGAUAGAUCAAAUUGUCAUAAACCCACAUUACAAUAAACGAACAAAGGACAGUGACAUCGCUGUGAUGCAUCUUGACUUUAAAGUGAAUUACACAGAUUAUAUACAACCUAUUUGUUUACCAGAAGAAAAUCAAGUUUUUCCCCCAGGAAGUCUUUGUUCCAUUGCUGGCUGGGGGAGGGUUAUAUAUCAAGGUCCUACUGCAAACAUAUUGCAAGAAGCCAAUGUUCCUCUUCUAUCAAAUGAGAAAUGCCAACAACAGAUGCCAGAAUAUAACAUUACAGAAAAUAUGGUAUGUGCAGGCUAUGAAGAAGGAGGAAUAGAUUCUUGUCAGGGGGAUUCAGGAGGACCAUUAAUGUGCCAAGAAAACAACAGGUGGUUCCUGGCUGGUGUGACAUCAUUUGGAUACCAGUGUGCCCUGCCUAAUCGUCCAGGGGUGUAUGCCCGGGUCCUGAGGUUCACAGAAUGGAUACAAAGUUUUCUACAGUAG